CCUGUCACGCGCAAGCGCGGUGGUGUCUAUUUAAGGAAAAGUACCCAAUAACGGUCACCUUUUCCCCCAGGAGAUCAAGAUGAGAACUUUAUUGGUGGUCGCCGGUUUAUUCGUGGCAGCUUUCGCUACGCCGAUCUUUAACAAAGAUCUGGACAGCGAUUGGGUCCAAUACAAACAAGUCCACAAAAAGAACUAUGCCCCGGAAGAAGAAUCUCUCAGGCGUCUGAUUUGGGAGGACAAUGUUCAUCACAUCCAGAAACACAAUCUGGCUGCCGACCGUGGGGAACACACCUACUGGUUGGGGGAGAACGAAUAUGCCGACAUGACCAUCUUUGAAUUCCGUGCCAUCAUGAAUGGGUACAUCAUGAACGCAAACAGAACAAAGGGAGAAAUGUACAUGUCUCCUAGUGACAUCGGCGACCUUCCCGACAAGGUCGACUGGAGAGACAAGGGUUACGUUACAGAGGUCAAAAACCAAGGUCACUGUGGGUCCUGCUGGUCUUUCUCCGCUACUGGAUCACUUGAAGGUCAACAUUUCAAGGCCACCAAUAAACUGGUCUCCCUCUCCGAACAGAAUCUCGUAGACUGCUCACAGAGAGAAGGUAAUCAUGGAUGUAAGGGAGGAUUGAUGGACAAUGCCUUCAGAUACAUCGAGAUGAACAAAGGAAUCGAUACUGAAGAGUCUUAUCCAUACACAGCUAAGGAUGGCUUCUGCAAAUUCAAGGCAAGCAAAGUUGGCGCCACAGACACUGGAUAUGUUGAUAUUCCCCACCAAUCAGAAAGCAAACUACAGGAAGCUGUUGCUACCGUUGGUCCUAUUUCCGUUGCUAUGGACGCCGGACAUAAAUCAUUCCAGCUGUACAAGAAGGGAGUUUACAGCGAGCCUGCCUGCAGCUCCACCAAACUUGAUCAUGGUGUGUUAGCGGUUGGUUACGGAUCUGAGGAAAGCGAAGAUUAUUGGCUGGUUAAAAAUAGCUGGGGAGAAUCUUGGGGAAUGGACGGAUUCUUUAUGCUGGCCAGAAACAAGAGGAACAUGUGCGGAAUUGCCACCCAGGCUAGCUACCCCAAAGUGUAAACAUUAGACAAUCUGACUAGAGGGCGUGUCUCAUCAUGUGUACCAUCCGAAUUUCCUCCACAUCCUUUUUCACGUCAUUGUUUUAUUCUGUUUGAUUUUUUUUAUUAUCUUUUUUACGCUUAAUUAAUAAAAUAUAAACAUUGAAAAUAAA